UAUCUCUGACAUAAAACACAUUUAAAAAAAAAAAACAAAAAAAAAACCAACAAUUUUUUCCCCUAAUAUUUUCCUCUUUUUAAUUUAGGUUUUAAUUUUAUAAUUUAAUUAAUCAUUUAAAUCUCUCUUUGUGCUGAAACAUAAGGUAAAAAGCAGGAACUACUUUCUGUCUCGGAAGGAUAUCACGCUUUCUUCGUGUAUGACGUGUCCGUGGGCGGAGCUUCCAGAGGCAGCCGGGUGAAUUGACUGGGCGGCGUCAUUGCGUCACACGUCAGUGGGCGGGGUCUUCUUCCUGGUCGUGGUUUAGACAGUUUAAAGCAGCUCGUGCAGGUCAUUUCAUCCGGGUAGUGUGUGUGUGUGUGAGUGUGUGUGUGUUUCUGUGGUGUUUUAUUCUGUAAAUUAGCGCGAUGUCUAAAGACACGAAGGCGAAGGCGGAGGAGAUCAUGGAGUCCAAAGUGCUGUGGUACCCGGACUCGAAGAAGAACACGCAGAUGGACCGGUUCCGGGCUCAGGUGAUCCGCGACUACGGGCUUAACCUGGUGAAUUAUAACGAUCUGUAUCAGUGGUCAGUGGAGAAUUACGCAGAUUUCUGGGCAGAAGUUUGGAGAUUCUGCGGCAUCAUCAGCUCAGAGAUGUACGAGGAGGUGGUGGACGUGUCUAAGAAGAUCUCAGACGUUCCUGAGUGGUUCAGAGGCAGCAGAUUAAACUACGCUGAGAACCUUCUGAAACACACAGAUCAGGAGAAGGUGGCACUGUACGCUGCAGCUGAAGGAAGAGAAGAGAUCAUAAAGGUGACAUUUGGAGAACUGAGACGUGAAGUCGCUCGCUUUGCCGCCUCGAUGAGGAAGAUGGGCAUUAAAGCAGGAGACAGAGUCGUAGGUUAUCUGCCUAACGGUGUUCAUGCAGUAGAGGCGAUGUUAGCUGCAGCGAGUAUCGGCGCGAUUUGGAGUUCCACGUCUGUGGACUUCGGGGUUAACGGGGUGUUAGACAGGUUCUCUCAGAUACAGCCGAAGCUGAUCUUCUCAGUAGCUGCAGUGGUGUAUAACGGCAAACAACACGACCAUAUGGACAAGCUGCAGAGAGUUGUUAAAGGUCUUCCUGAUCUGAAGAAGGUUGUUGUCAUUCCUUAUGUUCGCUCCAAAGGAGAGACGGACCUGUCCAAGGUUCCUAACAGUGUGUUUCUGGAGGAGUUUUUGGACACAGGGAUGGAGGGAGAUCAGGAACCUCAGUUGGAGUUUGAGCAGCUUCCCUUUUCUCAUCCUCUGUUCAUCAUGUACUCCUCCGGCACCACGGGGGCGCCCAAGUGCAUGGUGCACUCUGCAGGGGUGAGUGUGUGUGUGUGUGUGAGAGUGUGUGUGUGUGUGUGUGUGUCAGAGAGGUGUGUGUGUGUGUGUUCAGGUGGGACAGACAUCAUCUCGUGCUUCAUGGGGCAGAACUUCACUGUUCCUGUGUACAGAGGAGAGAUCCAGGCGAGGAACCUGGGCAUGGCUGUGGAGUCCUGGAGUCCUGAAGGUAAAGCGGUGUGGGGUGAGAGUGGUGAGUUGGUGUGUUUGAAGCCGAUCCCGUGUCAGCCCACUCACUUCUGGAACGAUGAUAACGGCAACAAAUACCGCAAAGCAUAUUUCUCCACCUUCCCAGGAGUCUGGGCUCAUGGUGAUUACUGCAAGAUCAACCCAAAGACAGGAGGAAUCGUGAUGCUGGGGAGAAGCGAUGGGACGCUGAACCCUAACGGCGUUCGCUUCGGGAGCUCGGAAAUCUACAACAUCGUGGAGGCAUUCGAGGAAGUGUGUGACAGUGUGUGUGUUCCUCAGUAUAACUCUGAUGGAGAGGAGCGAGUCAUUCUCUUUCUUAAACUGGUGCAGAAUCAAACGUUCAGCUCCGAGCUGGUGGCAAAAAUACGCAGCGCCAUCAGAGUGUCUCUGUCUGCUCGCCACGUCCCCGCCGUCAUCCUGCCCAUCACAGACAUCCCGUACACCAUCAGUGGGAAGAAGGUGGAGGUGGCGGUGAAGCAGGUGAUUGCGGGUAAGGAGGUGAGUCAGCGUGGUGCUUUCUCCAACCCCGAGUCUCUGGACCUCUACAAGAACAUACCUGAGCUGCAGAACUUCUAACCAACACCUGCUGCUGGAGCUCCAACACCUGCUGUAGCCCUUGAACACCUGAUGGAGGAACAGAACUUCUGAGAGUGUUUGAAAUCAUGAUGAACUCCUGAUGGAACUUCAGAUGAUCUGGUUGAUCUUCUGGUACGAGUUUAAGAACUGUUAGGAGAUAAAAACCCUGCAGGUUCGACAUCUCAGUGACCCCUGACCUGACCUGACCCCCUGCAGUGGUGGGAAAAUGGAAACACACAGUCAUCAGGAGUCACAUGACCACGAGUGACCUCAUCAUCAGGAGUCACAUGACCACGAGUGACCUCAUCAUCAGGAGUCACAUGACCACGAGUGACUUUUAAAACCCCAAAAACAAAACCAAAACAAAACCAGUGAAGUUUUACGAUGUCUGUUCAUUUAACACUCACACUGAAGUUAACAGUGGAAAAGAUUUAUUAAAGCUGAGCUCUAACCACGCCCCCUUAUCAUGACCCCACCCUUUAUAAUAACCCCGCCCCUUAUCAUAACUCCGCCCAUAAACUUUUAAACGGUUAAGUUUAACACUACAGUUGGAGCUGCAGAAAUUCUCAUUGUGACUAUUUAAUGAGCUUUAAACAAUUGUAAUUAAGAUAAGAAAACUAACCACACCCCCUGACUGUAGCCCCGCCCUCACUGUCAUUCUGCUCUAAUCCUAGCUCCACCCCCUAACCCUAACCCUAACUAUAACCUCAUCCAACUUCACACCUUCAUCUAAAAUCAUCUCUCAUCAUAACUCCGCCCCAAAUAAAACCCCACCUGUAAUCCUAACUCCACCCACAGUCUUAACCACACCCAUAUUCUUAAUCCUACUAACCCAGACUCCACCCACCUGACACUAACCCCACCCUCUAACUCUAACCGCAGUCAUAAUCCUGCCCCUCGGCUGCUCAGCUCUGUGUCGUAAAUGUAAAUAAUGAAUUUAAAAUGAUUUUUAAAUUGGAUUUAAAAAAAUUCAUUUUAUAUCCAAUCCCUAAAACAGGUUUUACCCAUAAUUCCCUGGGAGAGGUGUUGCGUUUAAUCACACAUUUCUCGCAGUCCAUUGUAACGUCUCGUUAUAUUUUAUGACAGCUAUAAAGUAAUAACUGGAGUAAUGUUAAUACUCGAUUUAGUUUCUGUAACCGUGUUGUAUUUAAAGAUGAUGUAAAUGUGUUUAAUGUACAAUUAAUAUUUCUGCGCAGAAAUCAUUUUAUUGCACAGUGUCACAUGUUAACGUAAAUAUAUUUAUAACUCCAAUCCUGA